AUGGCUGGAACACUGUCACCGGAAAAACUGACCGAACUGAAGCAGAUUAUUCAUAACCAGCUUAAUCAGAUGGAUGUCCAGACUCGCAUCCGAGAUAUUCUAUCUGAAUCCCUACAAGAUGAUGGAGAAGGGACUGGGUUUGGAGAGACAGAGCUCCUGGAUGCGGUCCGCCAACGAGGCUUGGUCGAGGAGAUCAUGGCAAGGCUUGAAAUCGGUGGAGAAGGAAGGAGCAGCUUUGGGGCAAAGGUCGUGGGUCAGCCUUCAAGGGGUCAAGUCAAGAAGCCAGCUACUCACUUUCUUGAUAAGGAGGGUCCAUUGACUUCAGUUCCCCUGAAGAAAGCCAACAUAGACCCCACUCGACGCCAGUUGUACCUCCAGAUCCUUGGUGGCAAGGCAUUCCUGGAGCACUUGCAGGAACCAGAGGCCUUGCCCGGUCAAACCACAUCAAACUUCUCAAUCCACAUUCACUUUAGGGGUCAGAGGUUCAAAUCUAGACCGGUCUCUUGUGCCUGCGAACCAGACUUUCAGGAGGGUUUCGUACUCGAGAUGCACAGGUGGAGUGGAGGAGAUGCUGCAAGAAUGGCAGAUGCUGGAACCCUCCUUUCACUUGCUGAUCCCAUCCACUUGGUACUCAUCAAGACGGAUCCUUCAGGAGAGACGUCUCUUUUGUCAUCACACUUUCUUGAGUGGAGAACUGUUCUUAGCACCCCUACCGGCAGUCAGAACAUUCCUGUCGAGCUUUUAGGUGUAGGUUCUGAGUCUAAGGUUCCAGUGGGUAUUCUAGAAGUCAAGUUGGAAUUACUGCCUAAAAUGGACCAACUCCUGACUGACGAAGUUGUUGCUACUCAGAUAUCGUUGGAGAGAAACCGAAUUGCUGAGCGAGAGCGACUGUUCUUGGUAUAUGCCAAGCAGUGGUGGAGAGAGUUCUUACAAAUCAGACCUACUCAUCAGAACAGACUAGUCAAAAUAUUUGCUCAGGAUGAGAAUGGAGUGAACAGACCGGUGUGUGCCUUCGUGAAGCCAAUGCGUGGGGGACGUCUCCUUGACUCUGCCCGUCAUGCAGCCCGCUUCGUCAGUAUCAUAGGCUAUGAGAGAGUAUCUGCUGUAGGGGGUGGCCAACCUAGAGAGAUGUGGAGUAGUGUCCAUGCCUUCCUCUCCAAAAACAAAGGGGACUGUGAGGAUCAUGCUGUUUUACUGUGUAACUUCCUUCUGGGAUUUGGUCUCAAUGCCUUCGUUUGUGUAGGCACAAAGGGCAAAGGUCAGGCUCAUUCUUGGGUCAUGACCUUGGGGUCAGAUGGCCUGGUCACAUUUUGGGAAAGCUUGACCUGUCAGAGGUACAUUCAUCAACGAGUGAAUCCUAAUGAUCCCCCAUCGGUAGAACAACCUAGACCACAGUACCCGUACAGGACGGUGGGCUGUAUCUUCAAUCACAAGAACUUCUUUGCCAAUUGCCAGCCUUCUGACAACGUUGACCCGUGUUGUUUUGAUCUGCAAGAUUCAUCACUCUGGAAGGCUAUGAGUGCUGAUGCUCUAGCAUCUGUCUGUGGGUCAUCAAGCAUUACUCACUGGCCUAACAGCCCACCAUUGGUCCCAUCUCAUCUGGAUUCAUCCCUGGUUAGCAAUGAACUGGAGCUGCAGCUUAGAGCUCUCACCAUGGACCACAGGAAGGUGAGGUCAUAUUCAUUUUUAAUUGUUCAGUUCAAUUUUAUUUCACUUCGCAAUAAAUGUACGCCUACAUGACAAAUGUAUUGCAACGGUAAACAAUUCACUCGUAAAACACAGUAAAUAUAUGAGAACAUAAAUAGCAACACUGAAAAGGAGAACACUUCCAAAGUUGCUGACAGAAAGGCACUGCCCUUAUGGUGGGCCCUAAUAAUAUCAACCCAUUGGAUGCGUGGUAGUGCUGUAGCCGAACCGCCGAACCGAACGGUAGUUCGCCGAACAUGGCACUUCCGAACAGAACCGAACCGAACACUAAGACUUGGUUCGGAAGUUCGGC